AUGGAAAUACUAACUCGUCAAUCAUUUAUGUGUUUGAAAAGUCUUCAACAUCUUACAAUUACUGAGAAAAAAAUUGAUGAUGGAGCACUGACAAUUGACAAUAAAAAAUUAUCAUUACUCAAUUUGAGUUACAAUUCAUUGGAAAUCAUUGGAAAAGAGUCAUUAAUAUCACUUGAAAUUCCAAUACGUGACUCUUGGGCAUCCUACAACAUGCAUUCUUGUGAAUUAUUAUCAAAUAUAACGAGUUUACAAAGUUUUUCAAUUUUUCAUCAUAAGUCAGUUGAUGUUUGUCAUGGAACAUGUGAAUACAAGAAAUUUAAAAUUGUAAAUCUUCGCUACGUGAGUGGUACAUUCAAAAAUUUGCGGCCAAUGAUAUUUUUGUGUUUAAAUAAACUUGAAAAUCUUGGAAUAAGUGAAGGUAGUCUCGAAAUAAUUGAAACUGGGGCAUUUACUGGACUUGAAAAGCUCACUCAAUUAACACUGGAAUCUAAUCGAAUAAAACAUAUUAAUCAAAAUAUUUUUUCACCAUUAAAAAAUUUAAUUAUACUUAUACUGAAAAACAAUACAAUUGAAUUCAUUGAUGACAAAGCAUUUGUUAAUAAAAAUUUAACACUACUUGAUUUGAGCCAUAAUUUAUUAACUCAUAUCAGAGAAAAUACAUUUUUUGGUGUUACAUUAAAAAAUCUACGUCAAUGGGCAGUAAGUAAUUUGAAAAUUGACAUAACAUGUGAAAAUAAAGGUUGGAUGAUUGAAAUAUGUAAAAACCAUAAUUCUAUUUCAUCUGUUAAAUCAAAAUUGGAAAAUUUAGAAUUAACGGCUGGAUCAGUAAUACUCAAAGCUAAUUUAUUUGGUUUUCUACCAUCACUUAAAUAUCUUAAAAUUCAAGUAGAUGAAACUUUUAUAUUCUUCAGUCAAACAUUAAAGAAUCUUAAAAAUUUAAAAACCGUGGAAAUUGUUGGUAAUAGAACUAUUGGUAUUUGUCAAAAUUUAUAUUCAAAAAAUAUAUCAAAUUCGAUAAUUGACAUUCGUUAUACAACUGGUUCUAUUCACAGCUUACGAGCAAACUCAUUUGAUUGUCUUCCUCAAAUUGAAAUAUUAACAAUAACCAAAACACAAGCAACACGCUACGGUUGA